CACAGGACAUGUACAGUGCAUUUAUUCCAGACCUAACCUUUAUUUAUCUCUAAAAAUAAAUAGAAAGGACUGUUGACAACAAUAAGGUUUAUUCACAAAAAGACACAAAAGAGCGACGAACAGCGACAGCACCGCGACAGAGAUUGGAUCUUGUGUUUAGACACCUUGUCCGUCCGUGGUUCUGUGGAGAAGCAUUGACCUCUUUCCUUCACGAUUUACGGUCUACAGCCUCCCUUUGUACCUUGUCCUGUCUCGUGAUCUUGGAGGACAGAUGAUCUUGCCACCUCCUGAAACUGUUUCAGUAAAGACAGCGAAGGAGAAGUAUACUGGUGCCAAAAGUCAAAGAAACUUGGCAGAUACUGCUUGAGAUAUGCCCUCACCCCCCAAUGAUGGAGACGAUCAAGGAACGUCCCCCAUGAACUUGACACCUGUUCUGUCUAAUCAGAAUGGAGUAAAGAGGAAGGUUCACACCAAGAAAAAGAAGAAAGGCUUCAUCACAGCCAACGUCACCGGGACAAAAUAUGAAAUUGUUCGUGUCGUAAUGGACGAGGUGACUUUUCAUAAAGUCAGAGACGAUGAUGAGACGGCCAAUCUCAUCUGGAACGACUCGGCCGUGCAGCACGAGAAAAUCGCUGAGCUCAGGAACUACCAGAGGAUAAACCAUUUCCCGGGAAUGGGUGAGAUCUGUCGGAAAGACUGUUUGGCGAGGAACAUGGCCAAAAUGAUUAAAAGUCAGCCUCAGGAAUACAGCUUCAUCCCCAAAACCUGGAUCUUCCCAGCUGAGUACACUCAAUUUCAGAACUACGUCAAGGAGCUGAAACGAAAACGCAAGCAGAAAACGUUCAUCGUAAAGCCUGCGAAUGGAGCCAUGGGCCACGGGAUAUCUCUGGUACGGAACUGCGAGAAGCUUCCGGUCCGGGAUCACUUCAUUGUGCAGGAAUAUUUGGAAAAGCCCUUUCUCAUGGAGGGUUAUAAGUUUGACUUGAGAUUCUACAUCCUCGUCACUUCCUGUGACCCUCUGCGUGUCUUCCUCUACAACGACGGCCUGGUGCGGAUGGGUACGGAGAAGUACCACGCACCCAGUGAGUCCAACCUGAACCAGCUCUACAUGCACUUGACCAACUACUCGGUCAACAAACACAACGAAAACUUUGAGCGAGACGAAACAGUGAACAAAGGCAGCAAAAGGUCCAUCGGCUGGUUCACCGAGUUCCUCAGAACCAACAAUUACGACGUGGCCAAAUUCUGGGGAGACGUAUCGGAGCUGGUGGUGAAGACGCUGAUAGUGGCCGAGCCACAUGUUCUCCACGCCUACCGCAUGUGCCGCCCCGGCCAGCCACCAGGGAGCGCCAGCGUCUGCUUUGAGGUGCUGGGUUUUGACAUCAUCCUUGACCGCAAGCUGAAACCGUGGCUGCUGGAGAUCAAUCGUGCUCCAAGUUUUGGAACCGAUCAAAAGAUCGAUUACGACGUGAAGAAGGGGGUUUUGCACAACACCCUGAAACUGCUCAACAUCAGAGCGAGUGAUAAACGGCGGAAUCUGGCCCAGCAGAAGGCAGAAGCCCAGCGCCGGCUGUACGGACAGGGAUCUAUGAGGAAACUGACGGCGGGAUCAUCUGAAUGCGAGAAACAACGUCACCUACUGGAGCGUAGGAGAGAGGAACUGAAAGAAAGACUGGCCCAAGUCCGCAAGCAGGUCUCCAGGGACGAACACGAAAAGCAACACCUGGGAAACUACAGGCGUAUUUACCCUCCCGAUGACAAGCUGCUCCUGGAGAAAUAUGAGAGUCUUCUUUCAGUUGCCUUUCAGACAUUUCUCGCUGGGCGAGCCGCUUCACUUCAAAAGGAAAUGAAUAAUCCGCUGAAACGAAUGAAGGAGGAGGAUAUCCUUGACCUGCUAGAACAGUGUGAGCUGGAUGAUGAGAAGCUGAUGGGAAAAACCUCCAAACAGAAAGGACCUAAGGCCCUGUCCUCCAUGCCUGAGAGCAGCCCGUCACCCAGAGGGCACAGGGACCCUGAGGACUCCUCGGGCAGCUGCAGCGACAGCAGCUCCGGCUCUGACGCCGAUGGAGAAGAUGAAAGCAGCAGCAUCACGCAGGAGAAGCACAACACCCCUGAACGCUCUGGUCGUGUGCAUUGGAAACCCGCCCCUAAACCUCAGCGGGGUCCUUCCUGCUCUCCCAACCUUUCCGGACUCAUCCGCCGUUCCAUGUCCUGUCCGCGCUCCAUAUCCUCUCUGACUGCGCAGUCACCAACCAACGAGACCAGACGGCCAAAAACAGCCACUCACAUGGCUAACGGCCCAACUGCAGCCUCUCAAACAGCACCCGCCGUCACGCCCAUGACCCCGGCACGACCCCACACGCCGUCUCGCUCACAGUCGCUCAGUCGCAACACUUCAGCAAAUAAAGUCCCACACAGCAGCAGUCUGGGUGCCAUUCACUCCAAUACGGGGGAGACCCUGCUGAGUAAAGAGCAGGAGGCCGAGCUGAUGCAGCAGACGCUGGCGGCGCUCAGAGAGAUGAGGAUUCGUUACCCGGGGAAGAGCGAGGAGGAGGCCGAGGCCGUGCUGGACGAGAUUCUGAACAACUGGAAGUACCAUAAACCAAUGGUGGCAUCUUACUGGCUGGUGAAGUUAGACGCCACUAAACAGAGGAAGGUUUUGGACAUCAUCCGUACCAGCAUCCGGCAGGUUCUGCAGGGCAUCUGGAAGGAAGUGGACGUGGAGAGCCUUCGCCUUUAUCGCCUUCUCAACCGCGUCUUCAACCGCCUACUCUGGAGUCACGGUCAGGGGAUGUGGAACUGCCUCUCCAGCUCGGGCAGGUCAUCGUGGCAGAGUGUGUUCAGUAAGAGCAGUGAGGUGUUGUCCUCACAGGAGCUCAGGUGCUGUCAGCGUGUCGUACAGCUGUGCAGAGACUGUCUGCUCGUUGUCUACAAGUUUGUGGCCGACUCGCGAGGUUCUCUCAGCGGACUCAGUCUAGACUGGGACGACACAAGGAACCUGCUGCUGGUCACAUCCCAACUCCUCAUCAAGUGGCCAUCCUCCAGCGUCGGCCGCUCGGCGUCCUCGUCGCGGCCCCGCAGCGUCUUUACUGCACGGAUGGGCCACUUCUGAUGGCCGCUGGACUUGGAUUAGAAAAUGCUAGGAUCUACACAGAGAAAACAGAUUGCGUCUGCAUGCAUCGUCCAUGCGACGGAUGCAGACAAUUGUGCAGAUUCUGCCUCCCGUUUGCUGUAAAAUAAUCGCUGCACCGCUGUCUCCCUUAGGAUGCUACUGAAGAUGAUGAACACUACGGAUAUAUUUUCAGUUCUUCCACCAAUUGCCGUGAAUGUUGCAGUCUAAUGGAGCUUUUAUGGUCGAUCAUGAUGUUAUUUUAGCGACGUUUUUACCAAAUUGUUUUAUCGAUUAAUGCACAAGAUGUCACUUCAUGUUUUACUUUAGUUCUUUCUAAAGUCAAGAUUACAAGAGUUCACACAGGAUGUGUUCUGACGUACAAAAGAACGUAGUUUUUUACUUGACAAUAGUCUUUCAUAAAGAAACCCUUAACUACAAAAAUAAUAUUUUAAUUCAACGCAGAUUUCUUUUAUUAUUAAUGAUAUUAUGAAGUACCAGUGCAACAAAAUUCUGAAAUGCAAAACUAGUUUUAACGCAUGUCGGCUUAAAAAAAAAACGUGACACAAAAUUCAUCAGUGGUGCAGAAAACACACCACUAAACUACAGAAACAGACUCCAGAAUGCCUCCUGUGUGAAAGGCAGAGAGAAAAUGUCAAGGUUAGCAUUAGAGGUUUUACGUUAGAGCUCAGGGUUAAGUUCAAAGCCUAGAUCUAGGGAAUAAUGGGUAAAUUAGAGUUAGGAAAUGAAUCAUGCUUACUAUUUGAAUGCUUUAUGAAUGCUUUGUUAUACUAGACGUUGCCUGUUCCGAACGUACGGCUGUCACCCGUAAAUCUCCUUUGCAUAACUUUAUGAGCCAUAUUGUGUAGAUGCAAAUAUUAACCUCAACGUCGGACCUGUCUGAUGCGUGUCCUUGCGGAGAUGAUGAAUGGGACCUUCGGUAUUGCUGCGGGUAUGACAAACUGUCUGCGGGAUGGACCUGCUGGAACUUGGACGGCUCGAAGAUACUUGAAUUAAUUUAUGCUAUUUAUUUUGUGAAAAAAUGUCUGUUACAUUAAUAUCUAAUUUCUGAGAUAUGUUUAAGUGUUUUCUUCACGGCAUUUGCGAUGUAUUGGUUUUAUGAAUGAAAUAACCUUUUACGACAGAACUGUAAUAAGUGCUAAUGGCAGAGCUUCGCUUCGGAUCUAACUAGGAUUCAUGUUCAUGUCGUAUUUUAGUAAAAGUGACCUGGAUGUGCCAGCUCAAAACACGCCGUGCCAAUACCACUCACAACCAGCAGUGUGUGUUCACGAGGAGCCGUGUGACGGCUGGCAGGAUUUAUAAAAAUGUGGCUUUCUUUUGUUUCUUCAUUUUUCUUAGUAAGGAAAUUCAAGGUGACGAUGUUCAACAGCCAACUAUUCAAAUCCUUACGGCCAUUAAACGGGCCUUUCACCCUCCAUGCCACAAUGCCAAAUAUUAUUUUCAUUCAGGAUAAUGGUUUUUAACAGCAAUAAAAGGCUUAA